AUGUGGUUGAGAAAUCCUUUCAAGAGGUUGAUCUUAGAUGAAGGAAUGGACUUCCAGUUCAGCAGUGAUGGUUUCAAUGGCGAUACAUGGUCACAAGAGAACCACCUCAACACUGGUUUCUACUUCGUCAGACCAAACAACAAGACCAUUGCUUUGUUCUACUCCUGGUAUAACAAGAAAAACAAUUCAAGAGGGAUGAAUGAACAGUAUUUUCUAGAGAAGAUGAAGAACGAGGGUGUGUUUAAACAGUUGGGGCUCAAAGUGAUGUUCAUGGACAUACUCUAUUUUAGCGGAUUCUGCAUUGAUAGCAGAGAUUUUAAUAUGGUGAUAACUGUCCAUGCGAAUUGUUGUCGUGGUGUAAAAGCCAAGGUGACUGAUUUGACAGUUGCACUUCAAGAUUGGAAGAAGUACAAGAGUUCCUCCGAUCGCUCAAUGACAUUUCAUUGGUCCAAUCACUCGGUGUGCAUCGACUCAUGGCAUGUUUAA